UACGGAUGUCAAUAUAAGGUUUUCUUAGUCCUGCACGUAUCUAUCUUUUGGAUUGAUAUAAAUGUGGAGAUGAGAGAGUCCAUUUUUUAAAUUCAGUACAUGUUUUCUUUUGUAACAUGUUAUGAUCAACUGUGCUAAAAAUUCUGUCUUAUUAUUAGCAGGAGUUUUGAGAAAUUACGAUGAAGGCACUUAUUCUUGUUGGAGGUUUUGGUACCCGGCUGAGGCCAUUAACUCUUAGUGUCCCAAAGCCGCUGGUUGAUUUUGCCAACAAGCCCAUGAUUUUGCAUCAGAUCGAGGCUCUCAAGGCUGUUGGAGUGACUGAAGUGAUCUUGGCUAUUAACUACCAGCCGGAGGUGAUGCUGAACUUCUUGAAAGAAUUUGAGACAAAACUGGGGAUUAAGAUUACAUGUUCUCAAGAAACUGAACCACUUGGGACUGCAGGUCCCCUUGCUCUGGCUAGAGACAAGCUGGUAGAUGAUGCUGGUGAGCCGUUUUUUGUUCUUAACAGUGAUGUUAUCAGUGAAUAUCCUUUCAAGGAGAUGAUUGAAUUCCAUAAAUCCCAUGGAGGUGAGGCUUCUUUAAUGGUGACUAAGGUGGAUGAGCCUUCCAAAUAUGGUGUUGUUGUCAUGGAAGAAUCCACUGGCCAAGUUGAGAGAUUUGUGGAAAAGCCUAAGUUAUUUGUUGGCAACAAGAUCAAUGCUGGCAUUUACCUGCUCGACCCUUGCAUUCUAGAGAGAAUUCAAUUAAGACCAACAUCUAUUGAGAAAGAGGUUUUCCCAAAUAUUGCUGCGGAGAAAAAGCUAUACGCUAUGGUCCUUCCUGGGUUUUGGAUGGAUGUUGGACAGCCAAGGGAUUACAUCACUGGUCUUAGACUCUACCUAGAUUCUUUGAAGAAGAGAUCUUCACCAAAACUGGCAUUAGGUUCUCACAUUGUUGGAAAUGUCAUAGUGGACGAGACUGCGAAAAUUGGAGAAGGAUGCUUGAUUGGACCAGAUGUUGCGAUAGGCCCUGGUUGUGUGAUUGAGUCUGGGGUUAGACUCUCUCGUUGCACUGUGAUGCGCGGAGUCCGUGUUAAGAAACACGCAUGCGUCUCAGGUAGCAUUAUUGGUUGGCAUUCGACUGUUGGACAAUGGGCUCGUGUUGAGAAUAUGACCAUUCUUGGAGAAGAUGUACAUGUUUGUGAUGAAAUUUACAGCAAUGGUGGAGUAGUCUUACCCCACAAGGAGAUCAAAUCUAGCAUCCUAAAACCAGAAAUAGUGAUGUGAAAACAAUAUGUUAUAUGUUGUUCAGUUUGUUCAAAAUGUAAUUUUCUUUUCCUUCAUUUGGUUGGUUUUCAGUUUCAUCUUCUUCAAUUGUGAAAGUAUGGGAAAGUUGAGCUAUGUAAGGCAAUAAGCUGAAGAAUAGCUGUUGUGAAAGGUUUGUGUGUUUGUAAUUUCCAAUGUAUAUACAAAUAAAGAAUUCUAUUAGAGCUUCUCUUUAAA